UAAGACAUCAUAAAUAAGAAAUCGAAAAUGACUCAUCUCUCACGUCAGGAAACGGUACUGUGUGUCGUAAAUAUAAUUUUAUUGUUAUUGGCAAUCUCAAUGGCGGUAUGCAUUGGCUUUAUGCUACCGAAACACAUAAGAUAUGACGAUUACGUCAAUGGAGCAGGAAAAACGGAAAAAGAAAUUGCAAAGGCUUGCAAAUGUUACUCGAAGAAAUCGAUAUUUUUUACAGUGGAAGGAAUGAAAGGAUUUUCAAAUUUAAACAGAACAGCAUUGUUGAAACAUCCUUCAGUGAAAUAUAAAUCAGAAGAAAGGCUUUUCAAUCAUUUCAACUGUUUGAUCGAUAGAUCAGUGCCGUACCUUGUUUUUGCCCUUUUACCUGAAUACGGAGAUGACAUAAUGCGUUUGAAGUUUGCUUGUGUUGGGUUUAUAGUAUCCCAAAAAUGGGUGGUAGUCAGUAGAACCUGUGUAACAGAAUCGCGGCAAUGGACCAAACUGAAGAUACGUUCUGGAACUACAUUAUGGUCCCAUGGAGGUAGCAUAAGAGAAGUUGUAGGCUUAGGAAGAGGUUCAAGUGGAGAAUUAAAAGAUUUGCAAUACCUCAAGGUAGACACUGUUUUUGAUUUCAAUGAAAAUAAAGAACAGAAUGUAAAAGUUCUUCCCAAGUAUAAAAUGCCAAAUGUAUCUGAGUUUUAUUCGGUGGGAUGGGACAGAAAAGAUUCGGAUACAGUGACGAUUGAGAAAUGGGGGAGCAGACCUUGCAGGGGUUGCUCGCAAGGGAUUCUGACCAAUAGACAGAUAUGCAACGGUGCCACAGAUGGACGACCAUUGAUCACAGCAAAUGGGGUAUUGGUUGGUUAUUUGAAGACGAGAAAAUGUCGAGAAUAUCCUGGAAUGAGUGUUUUUGGAGAUGUAUACGGAAUUGAAAGUGGCGCAAAUGCCAAGGAUAUUGAAAUUUUCGGGCGCAAAUGUGAUAACUGAAUAACCUUGUAAUUAUCCUUAAUGAUAUGCUAAUUAAAAUGUUCUCCUAUUUCUUCUUAACUGGCUUGUUUGAUGAAGUUAUACUUUCGUAUUGACUUCUUUUCUGCAAGUAAUGGGCAAAGUAUCGGGAAUACAUUGUAUCCGGAGAAAGUCAAAUGAUUUAAAAUCUAGCAGCAGGAUUUAUUGGCGUAUACUUUUUUAACGUUUGCUUAGAUAAUCAUUCGAAUUAGAAACCUAAUACAGAUUGCAGCGAAGAUAAGUGAAGUUAUUCGAACCAAGUACCUGUUCACAUCGAUAGCUUUAUUUCUCGUCGCGAUAUCUCUCUGUUUUUGUCCGAUGAAAUGUGCACCGAUCUACAUGCAUACACAAGGUACUCAAGUAAAAUGCAGAGAUGCAAAACCGUUUGGACCGAGUGGAGAUCGUUAGUGUUUGGCCGAGUGUGAAGAUUGGAGAAAAUGCAAUAACACUGAACAAAUUUAGAAGGUGGGUACCAUGAAAGGGAUCGAUAGCCGUUACACUUGCCACGGACGGUUUAGGAAACCACGGUAAUGGUCGUUGUAGAAUUGCCGUUGCUGCGAUGCUAUCAUGUCCGAAGCAAUCCAUCCCGGAUGCCAAACGAAUUGCUAGCAAAUUAUCAACAACAGUCGACGCGAUGACCAAAAUGGGCACAUGGACAGAACGCAAUGGUCACUCCAAAGUAGACAUACAUUAUACAACGAACAAAUUCGAUCUCAGGGGCGUCCUGGAAACCCUUAACACAACAGUUUUGUCAAAAUUUAA